AUGUUUGUCAGCCACCCAGAGGGAGACAAUCAGAGUUCCAAGUGUACAGUCAUCCCGAGCUUCAGAGAACGGGAAAUGAUGGGAAACACGGCUGGAAAGGGAUGGAUUGUCAGUGCAGAUGUAGCGGUUAUCGCUCGGGGUAAGAUGCUCAGCGAGCUGGAAGCUGUUGUUCCAUCACGUGAUGUUUCAGCCUCAGGCGUCUACUGCGUCAUGUCUUUAUUGCCUUAG